CAGCCAGUACACAACUGUUGUGAUUCAGUCGUUGUUUGCGCGCCGUUGUGGUAAGAUGCACUGUUACUAGUUUGUUUUUGAAAUUUUUAUACACAUCACACAUUUGCUACUCAAUAAAACGAAAAGAAAAAAGUCCUCGGUGAAAUAUAUAGCAUCUCUUAUAAAUUCUUUUCUAUUGCGUUGUUUCGAUAAAGUGUUGUUUUUUUUUAAUUUGCCAGGUUUAAAUAUAACUAACUAAAUAAAUUUUUUUCCUGUAUCAUGUAAAAGUAGUAAAUGUAUGGUAGGCAGCAUUUAGAAAUGAGUUUUCUUUCGAUGGUCCUACACUUGCCACAAAAUAAGUAUUUUCCAUGAUAUCACUGGGUUGAGUAUAAUAAAAUUAUUGUUUGGGUUUCAGUCGAUGAGAUAUUAUAGAACGUGUGUAUAUAAUAUGUGGAUAAUCGGAUGCGUUAGUGUCAGAUGAAACGACCGGCCAGCGAUAUAAACUUAUCAAUUAUUCCGUUUCAUUCAUAAAGUUUUGUUUUGUUGUGCCAGAAAAGAGACGUCACAUAAUUCGGUGAAUUCGGGUUUAUCAAUUUACAAUUAUGGUUUCGUGGACUUUUAUUCAAUUUCGGGAUUGAAUUAAAUAGAUCACAUUCGGUGUGUGAGUGUGUUUAGAAAAGCUCAAAUAGAUUUGAGGACAGUCUAGCCUAAUAGUUAUACGAAAGUGUAAGCCAUACCGCACGACCGCACGAGCGUCACCUUAUGAUUUAGCAUUGAGAAGUUGUUAUUUGAGUGGCCAUAGUCGUUGUGCCUGAAUCUCACAGAAGUUUUCUAAAUGACUCAUCUACAUUGGAAUUUGUCUUUUUUCUCCCUUGUUUGUUUAUUUAGAAUUUUACACCGUUGAAUUACGUUCAUCGUCAAGCAUCAUAGAUACGGUGAAGCAGUCGUAAAUAAAUCCUGAGUGUAAAUUAGUCGAGCUACGUUGUUUUUUUUUUCAUUCUUAAUUCUCUCAGUCAGUUCAAUUUCCGUCGUUGAUUCGCAUUCGAUCUGCUGGCGUACAAACUAUAUCGUAGCAGACUUACGAUUCAAUAAAUGGCAUAGAAUUAGUGAUUAAAGAGUGAUUAAAAUUGUCAGUGAUAUUUAAAACGAAAUACAAACACUUCGCUUUUUUUUGUAAAUUAAAAUUUAUAGUGAAAAUUUAACAAGAUGUCCUGGAGAUAUACGUAUGCCAACCGGUUAGAGCAACAAAAUGAUAAGAUUAGCGGUCGACACUUACAACGAAUUUUACAGUAUACAAUGACACCGUGCAGACCGCUGCCAACAUUCAAACGGACCGAUUGCAUCGUACACAACACAGACUGUGAUGAGGUUUACCCAAAUUUAUAUGUUGGUGAUGCAGCUUCAGCUAAAAAUAAGGCGUUUUUAAGACAAAUUGGCGUUACACACGUACUGAAUACCGCCGAAGGAUCACGAUUUGGACAAGUCGAUACAGGGCAUGCAUACUACCGUGACGUUCCACAAAUCCGAUACAUGGGCUUUCCUUUAACCGACCACCCAAGUACAGACAUUUCAAGAUAUUUCUAUAUUGCAGCCAAAUUCAUUGAUAAUGCCAUCUCCAGUGGAGGAAAAGUUCUAGUUCACUGCCAGAUGGGAAUAUCUAGAUCGUCAACGUGCGCCAUUGUUUAUUUAAUGAUUCAUCGCAAGAUGACCGCUGCCGAUGCCAUUCGCACAAUUCGUUUGAGACGCGACAUUUUCCCCAACGCUGGUUUUCUCCAACAGUUAGCUGACCUAGACAACGAGCUGCGAAGAGAGAGAGCGCCCGAAAUUCCACGCACCACCGAAUUGGCACCGAUGGAUUAUGGCAGGAAACCAAAAUUGGACCGGGUUGGCCGCAUAAAAUCCAAAUGCUAUACUGCAUUAAUGAAGGACUUGUUUUUCAAUCGAUAGACACACCAGACAUUAUUGUACUGUGUUUUAUUUUUUCUAUCACGGAACAAUUCCAGAAAGAAAAACGUUUCAAAAUUCUUCAUUUUGAACCGAAAAUGAUUCAUGUGUUUUACUUUUCUUUAAAAUGUGCAAUUUCUAAAGCAAACAAAAUGAAGCAAACACUUUUUUCUCAUAUUUCUUUCAUUUUUUGUUGUGAAUUUAGUUUCAUGUAUUCAAUCUAGUCUCUAAAAAAGCGUUAAUCGUAAAUAUUAAGAAUUAUAGCCACGUUAAGCAAAUA